AUGGCUGACGCAAAUGACGAUGAUAUGACACUGGAUGAUUCUCUGCAAUGGAAAGUCGACGAUGAUGCUUUGAAGCAUUUUUUAGCGGAUAGGGGGUUGAAAAAGACGGGGCGAAAAGACGAACUCGCUGCUCUUGCUUAUGCUGCAUCAGAUUGUGUGCAUUAUUUGGAUAUUGUAUCUGUGAUAUUGCAGAUCCCUGAUGGCUAUGAAGGUUAUCCACUAGAAUUGUUUUCUGUUCCUAAGCAUUAUGAAGAUGACUUGGAGAAGGUGCUCAUACCAGCUGGACUAGUUGCUGAUAGGACAGAGCGGCUGGCACGAGAUAUCUGGCAUGACAUCGGCAAAGGUCCACUGGUGGCGCUCUGUGUUCUUAAGGGUGGUUACAAGUUCUUCGCUGACCUCAUCGACUGCAUUAAAGCGCUCAACAGCUCAGCGGAGACCGGUUCCGUGCCGAUCGCAGUCGACUUCAUCCGACUAAAGAGCUAUCAGGAUAAGCUGGGGAUGGCAGACCAUCAACAAAUGCAGGAUGAUCAAUCAACGGGUCAUAUCGAGGUAAUUGGCGGAGAUCAUCUAAGGAGCCUGAAGGGCCGGCAUGUGCUGGUGGUAGAGGACAUCAUAGACACUGGGCGAACCAUGGAGAAACUACUUGAGCUUCUUAACGAACACAACCCGAAGUCUGUCAGCGUUGCCAGCCUGCUAGUGAAGAGGACACCUCUGAGUAUAGGAUAUAGACCAGACUACAUAGGCUUUGAAGUUCCAAAUGAAUUCCUUGUUGGAUACGCACUUGAUUACAAUGAAUAUUUUCGUGACUGUAAUCACAUUUGCAUCAUCAACCAGAAUGGACUUGAAAAAUACAGUGUCAAGAAUACAGACGGAUAGUAGUUGAGAGAAAAGGUGUUAUAAUUCCUCGUGUGCCAUUCUUAGCUCACUGGCUUCAGCCCGGUUAAAAUCAUUGUAUGCUCUUUAGCUCGUCCAGCUCUUGGGUGCAUGCUUCCUUAUGUGGCAAGCAUGUGGAAGUAUUAUGGAGUACCUUUGCAGUAGAUAUUUAAAAUUUACAACAUCCAUGUUUUUACUAAGCUGUGGUGGAAUUGUGUUGAUACAGCCAUGUAUACACAAACUACCAGUGUUUCUAUUAAUUGCCUCAAACUCUAAACCUAACAAGUGUUUCAUUCACGUAGACCAAGCCGAAGGCACGUGCAGACUUAUAGGGUACAUGACUUUCCAUUUUGUAGUGCGACAGUGAAACCACACCUUUAACCGGGCAGUGUGGUAGAUAUUUAUGCAAUGCCCUUAUGUAAAGGAAUUAUGUAACAGUAGGUAUAGUUGACAUGGUGCCCAUGUAUAAAAAGUUUAUUAAAAACCAUUGUUACCUGCUGUAAAGCAGAUUUUUAUAAUAAUGUUGUCUUAAUUAUAUCACUUGUUGAAGUUUAAGCUAUUUACCCCGACUUCAGACCUCAACACUAAUUUGUUAAUGGCAGCUCCUAUUGUACUGGUUGCAACAAAAGCUGUUAAGUGUAUUGCUGUAUUUAUUGUGUCUGGAAGAUAACCUAUUGCCAGUAUCCCGAUACUUCUGGUCGCAUCACAUUGAAUAUUACUCGCGAUCAACUAACUACCAACGAUUAACUAUCCAUUACGUAAUCCGCAUCAGGAGUGUCAGCAUUUAUUAUUUUCUGUGUCCUCUGAAAGCAUUGUACAGGAUGUGUGAAAUUAAUGUAUUUAAAGCAUGUUAUCUCACCAAGCUGUGCAAUUGAAAUAUUUCAUGUGUUGUAGAAGACACAGCUGUAAAAUGGCAUAUACACCACUGUACACACUAUUGUUACAAUUCUGAUUUCAGUGCACAACAUAUAUUUCAGUAGCUUUUUGUUUACUUGGCCAAUGUAAUAUCUUCUCUCAGUGUCUUGGCGUCCAAGCAAUCUUAAUUUGCUCAUCUGACAUGUAACAAUGUCUGCUAAAUGUAUAGGGUUUGUGUUUGUAACUUCAACUUAUCACGUGUGUGUAUUGAACUAGUGUCUUCUCUUCCAUUUUCAAGGUUAUCUAACCUAUAAGUCUGACAUUUUAUCAUUCACGUGUCAAACGUCAUAACCUAUCUAGGGGCCCGUUAUCAUAAGCUAAAUUAGUAUUGAUAUUAGUACAUAGUAUAGAAUAUAUAGUAUAGUAUUUUUAAUUUUACGUUUUAAUUUUUCAAUUUACGUUAUUGACAAUCAUUGACAGAAGUUACGGGAAUGAAAAAUUCUAGAAAAUUUCCUCAGAAAUUUAUGAAACAACGUUCUAUCAAUUGUCUACAAGAAAAGUCAGUGUUAAGGCUAAUGUGAAGAUGAUUUUGUUUCUGACAACAGUGUUGGAACAACAGUGCCCAUUGUUAUGUCUCCGUCGUAAGAACUAACAUUUAUCGUAUAGAUUUAAUGCUGGUUUAAUAACUCAAACAACAGGUUACAACUUAAACACGGCAUCACAGCCAGCGAGGCUGGAGCUGCCACAAACGUCUACGCGUAGCUCGCGCUGCUAGCAAGUGCCAGCACAAAGAACCGUUACGCACACCUGCUGCGUUGUCGAAUGACCUACCGAUUCGAAGCCAUUUAUGCAGACAGCUUGUGCCGUGAAAACAACUUAAUAACAUGGCGUGAUUUGUAUCACCCAUCAUUACCUACAAUGUGUGUCAGUAAUUGCCAAUGUUCUUGUAAAAUUUACAAUUAUAUAGCGUCCAGGAAUUUUGAUCUUGGUUAUCAUGGUAUCUUUAUUGUCACUAGUGUGUUUUCAUAAUAUAAUGAUAGUCACUACGUUCAAGUAGACUAUCAAUGAUGCCACGUUAAA